AUGGAAAAGGUGCUGGUCCCUUCUGUCACGUUAAUUGUAGGCUGUGGAGUAUCUUCGCUGACACUUUUGCUGUUGAUUAUCAUUUAUGUCUCUGUUUGGAGGUAUAUUCGCUCAGAGCGCUCUGUCAUUCUUAUCAACUUCUGCCUAUCCAUCAUCUCCUCCAACGCUCUCAUCCUGAUCGGACAGACCCAGACUCGGAAUAAGGUGAUAUGCACGCUGGUGGCAGCUUUCUUGCACUUCUUCUUCCUCUCCUCUUUCUGCUGGGUGCUGACCGAGGCUUGGCAGUCCUACAUGGCCGUGACGGGCCGGUUACGGAACCGCAUCAUCCGCAAGCGCUUCUUGUGUCUCGGAUGGGGGCUCCCCGCCUUGGUGGUUGCCAUUUCCGUGGGAUUUACUAAAGCCAAGGGGUACGGCACCGUGAACUACUGCUGGCUGUCGUUAGAGGGAGGUCUUCUCUAUGCCUUCGUGGGACCGGCGGCUGCUGUCGUUUUGGUGAACAUGGUUAUUGGCAUUCUGGUUUUUAACAAACUUGUAUCCAAAGAUGGAAUAACAGAUAAGAAACUGAAGGAACGGGCAGGGGCAUCCCUUUGGAGCUCCUGCGUGGUCCUACCUCUCCUGGCUCUCACCUGGAUGUCUGCAGUUCUGGCAAUCACAGAUCGGCGGUCAGCACUCUUCCAGAUCCUUUUUGCCGUCUUUGACUCGUUGGAGGGCUUUGUCAUCGUUAUGGUCCAUUGCAUCCUAAGGCGGGAGGUCCAGGAUGCUGUGAAGUGCCGAGUAGUAGAUCGUCAGGAAGAGGGCAAUGGAGACUCAGGGGGGUCAUUUCAGAACGGACACGCUCAGCUAAUGACCGAUUUUGAGAAGGACGUGGAUAUGGCUUGUAGAUCAGGUGAGCACAUCACAGUGCUGAAUAAAGACAUCACCGCCUGCAGGACCUCGACCAUCACAGGAACACUGAAGCGUCCAUCACUGCCGGAUGAAGAGAAAUUGAAACUCAAUCACCAGAAGGGGUCAUCAAACUUUAACAGUCUUCCAGCCAAUGUCUCCAAGAUGCAUCUUCAGGGCUCACCACACUACCUGGGGGCCAUCAACCUGAAUGAGUUCAGCAAUCACACUCUCACUCUGAAGAAGGACAAGAACCAGCCACCUAAGUCCAUCUACAUCUGUGAUGGGGACAUCUUCAAGAAGUUGGACUCAGAACUCACCCGGGCGCAAGAGCAAACGCUGGACACCAGCUACGUCAUUCUGCCUACCAACACGUCUACCUUACGGGCGAAACCGCCCAAAGAUGAGAGCAAAUACAGCAUCAAUAUUGACCAGAUGCCCCAGACACGGCUCAUCCAUCUCAGUAUGGCUACUGACCCAGGCUUUGUUGUCAAGAGUCCUCCACGGGAGCCUGUAACCAUGACAUGCAGUGAGGUUCAAGGUUCCCCCAUGAUACAACAACAGCAGCAGCUGGCUCCACAAAAUAUCUCCAACGAGUCACAGAUUCCCAACAGCCUGUGUGACACAGGUGACUCAGGGAACUCGGGUGUGGUGUCCAAGAGUGAGACCGUCUCCACUCUCUCCAUGAGCUCCUUGGAGAGGCGGAAAUCCCGGUACGCAGAGCUAGAUUUUGAGAAAAUCAUGCACACAAGAAAACGUCACCAAGACAUGUUCCAAGACCUGAACAGAAAACUCCAGCACGCAGAGAAGGAGAAGGAGUCUCCAACAACAGACAGCAAGCAAGAAAAACAGCAGACACCAAACAAGAGACCCUGGGAAGGAAUCAGGAAAGUCCAGUCCCCACCAUCAUGGGUUAAAAAGGACAUCGAACCUGUGGCACAGUCUCCCCUAGAACUAAAAACUGUAGAGUGGGAGAAAACAGGAGCCACCAUCCCCCUGGUGGGACAAGACAUUAUUGACCUUCAGACAGAGGUCUGA